UAGUGAAACCAGAAAAUCAAGAACCCUAGAAACAAACCACGGUGACUCGAAGAGACAGUAAAAUGUCGUUCUUGUACGAGAAGAGCGAUACAUGGAGAUGGCUAGUGAGGAAGACUCGAGAUUCGAGAUCCUUCUUCUUCACGUUCGCUACUGUAUGCGGCGUCAUUCCUGGAAUAAUCGGCUAUGGAGUUAUGCAGGUCACCAAUUCCACUAACCCGGAGCUCGAGGCCCGCCUCCGUCAAUCCGCCCGACCCGAAACCACCAUGAUGGGUAAAGUAAACCAAGAGAGGCUAGCUGAAUACCUCGGGGAGUUGAAACAGAAGCAAGAUACCAACGACAGAUACGUGGCUGCUCUAAGGGGAGAGACGCUUACCAGGAAGCCUUACCAAAGAAUUCAACCAGUGCCAAAGCCAAAUGACACGGUGACAACAACCAAACCUCAGUAAUGAUAAUGAUUUCUUAGGAGGAGCUAUUGUAAUGGAUGCAAAGAUGGCAUGUUUCUUCGUGACCUUCAUGCUUUUCUUCUUCUUUUUGAAUCUGGCAUGCUUUGUGGUUUUUAAACUGGUGCAAGAUUCAGUCACUUCAAACAUUUUUGUGACAGUGAAUAAAAAAGUAAAAACCCAUGUUUUUGUACA